AUGCAGAACGCAACGAUCACACGCCUCACCCUCCUCGCCGGCGCCCUGUGCGUUUCGCCGGUCGCGCUCGCCGAGACGAGCGAAGACGAGAUCCGCGCCAUCGUCUCCGAGAUGAUGGCCGACGCCUCCACGCGCUCCUCCCUGCUCCAGUCCGGCGGCAACGCCGGGCACGACGGGAUGUUCUACCUCGCGGACGAAGAGGGGAACUUCCGCCUCAACGUCGCCGGCCAGGUCCAGUUCCGCUACACCGCCAACUUCGGCGAGGAGAACAACGCCUCCGACGGCGACGACUACACCGGCGGCUUCCAGACCAACCGCACCAAGCUCGAGUUCACCGGCAACGCCGUCCUCCCCAACCUCGUCUACAAGGUCCAGGGCAACUUCGCCUCCAGCGGCGGCAACUUCUCGCUGCAGGACGCCUACGUCGGCUACGCCUUCGACAGCGGCUGGACCCUCCUCUGGGGCCAGAUGAAGGCCCCGCUCCAGCGCGAAGAGCUCGUCGAUUCCAAGUACCAGCUCGCCGCGGACCGCUCCUUCGCCAACUCCCUCUUCUCGCCCACCCGCACGCAGGGCAUCGCCGUCAACUACCGCAACGACGACAUCAACUUCACCGCCGGGUUCACCGACGGCGCCAACGCGUUCAACACCGACUUCAACCAGGACCAGCAGAACUACGCCGGCUUCCCCACACCCGCCUCCAUCGGCGGCGGCGAGGCCGACUACUCCUUCACCGCACGCCUCGAGUGGAAACUCGAAGGCGACUGGGGCCAGUUCAAGGACUUCACCUCCAUGCCCGGCUCCGAGUUCGCCGCGAUGCUCGGCUUCGCCGGCCACUACGAGGGCAACGAGACCCUCGUCGGCUUUGCCGGCACGCCCGCCGACGUCACCGUCGGCGGCUACACCGUCGACCUCUCCCUCGAGGGCGACGGCUGGAACUUCUUCGCCGCGUUCAUGGGCUUCUCAACCGACACCGAGGGCCUCGUCGACCUCGACCUCGACGGCGCCGGCGACGACACCGACUUCGCCGACUUCGCCCUCGUCGUCCAGGGCGGCGUCUUCAUCCCCGACACCGACUGGGAACUCUUCGCACGCUACGACGGCAUCUUCCUCGACGACGACCGCGCCGGCGAGGACGACUUCAACACCCUCACCUUCGGCCUCAACUGGUACUGGUCCGGGCACGCCGCCAAGUUCACCGUGGACGCGACGAUCUUCCUCGACGAGUCCCUCGGCGCCAACGGCGUCCCCCUCGCCGCGGCCGCCGGCGGGCUCAACAGCUUCAAGAACUUCGUCGGCGACGACGACGAGGGCGAGUUCGCCCUCCGCGCGCAGUUCCAGCUGCUCUUCUGA